AUGGACGACGCCUGGCCGUGGCUGGCCUCCCUGCCGCCUCCUCUUCGUGAUGAAGGCGGGCCCGACACACCGUCGCCGCCGCCAUGGUCUCUCCCGCUCGCCGCCUCCAUCGCCCUGCAGGCCGACACAACUGCUGCUGCUUCUGCGUCUCCCGCCGGCAACGGCGAUGACGAUGAUGACGGCGAGCCCGCGCUGCUCGUCGCUUUCUCCGUCGCCGUCAUCGGCGCAGGCGGCGAGCCGCGCGCGCUGUGGGCGUCUGAAGGCUUCGCGGCGUCCUCGCCGGUCGCGCUGAGGGUGCAGCUUCUGGUUCAGCUCCUCAACGAGGUGCUCGCGCUCUCUCCGUACGUCCCCUGCUUGGGCGCGGCCACCGGCGUUGACGACCUCGGCCGCGGGGACGUGUCCGAGGCCAAGGUGGACGCGGAGACCGUCUCCGCCGUCGUCGGGGCGGGUGGCGCCGAUCCCUCUGCGCCCGCCGCGGCGGCCUUCUUCUCGAUCGCUCUUCUGCUGCGACUCUUCUGGCUGUGCGCACUCGACGCCCCGGCAGACGCCGGGUACCUCUUCUUCCGAGACCUCGGGGCCGAGAUCGAGCGCGGCCUCGGCGAGUGCCGGCCGGCGUUCGGCGUGUUCCUGCGAUCCGUCGGCCCGGACGUCGAGGACCGGUUCAUGCGCUCGCUCGGGUACAUGCUCGCCAAGUGGUGCCUGCUGCGGGAGAUACAGGCUGCUGCUGCCGGGCCGGCGGCGGCACCGCGUCGUCGUCGCGCGCUCCCCGCCGCGUGCCUGUCGUACGCCACCGAGGUGCACGGCCUCUGGGUCCUGAAAGGCUACGCGCCCGUGCUCGCCAUGCCGCGCGUGGUCGCGGGCCCCGCGUCCACGUCCAUCGCGGCGUCGCCGCACGAGGUGCCCGAGGAGCCGGCGCUGCGGUACGCCCUGGCGCACCAGCAGCUGGAGGCCGUGGCGCAGCUGGAGUACGCGGUGCACGUGCGCGACAGGAGGUUCGUGACCGUCUCCGUGCACGUCGACAACGUUCGGGUACGCGUCGCGCGGCUCGCGUUCCGUAAGGACGACGGCGACGGCGGCGGUAACGACGGGGAAGAAGAAGACGACGCCGGCGUCGACAACGACGUCAUGGACGGCGAGAGCCAUUUCCCGUCCCGUAUCCGCGUCUGGGUCGGCCCGCUGUUCGGCGCGUCCUAUGCCACGGGACCGAGCCUCGGCCGCUCCACGGGGAACCCCGAACGUGACGUCGAGAUGACGCGCACCGUCAAGGGCGCCUUCGCCGGCGCCACCAAACCAGCCAACGGCGGCGGCGGCGCGCCAAGAAUCAAGGCGAAGAUGCGCUCGUCGGCGCGGACGCGUAACAGGAGCUGGCGGUGGGAGCAGGAGGCCGAGGGCAGCGCCGGCGUGUUCGAGGGGGUUCUCUACGACCCGGUCACCGGGACGGAGGUGUCCGCGUGGCGCCCCGGCAUCGGCGGCGGCGGCACCGGAGCAGCAGACCCGAGGAACGGCAUGAGAAGGCGGUAUGGCGGGCCUGGGCGGGCGUUCAGCAAGAUGCGAGGUCUGGUGGUGGCCGGCGACGAGCUGCCGGAGGAGAUGACGUGGAGGGUGGGGAGGGAAGCAGAAGGGAGGACGCUGCGCUGGCGGUUAGGGCUCAAGGCUUGGGUGAGCUACCUGCCCAACGAAGUGAGGAGCCGCCACUUCGAGACCCGCUGCGUCGAGUGGGCGCACGAGGUGGAUCUGCCGCUUGUGGCCGUCGACGGCGACGAGAGCUAA